AUGGAUCUUGUCAACAGUCUCGAAGGUCGCCUUCUGUUUGCUGUCCCCAAGAAGGGUCGCCUCAAUGCUGCUACACUUAACCUCCUCGAGGGCGCCGACGUCCAAUUCCGCCGCGAGAACCGCCUCGAUAUUGCCCUUGUCAAGAACCUGCCGAUCGCUCUGAUCUUCCUUCCCGCCGCCGAUAUCCCUACCUUUGUUGGCGAGGGUCGUUGUGAUCUUGGUAUCACUGGAUGGGACCAAGUUCAAGAGCACGAUGCCUCAGUUCGCGCCUACAACCACCUGCGACGCAGCUCAGUCGACCUAAGCUCCACCGAGGACAAGGUUGCUGGCUCUGACAUGGUUAUGGAAUUGGGCUUUGGUAGCUGCAAGCUCCAGGUUCAGGUCCCCGAGAAGGGCCAGUACAAGACCCCUGAGGACCUUAUUGGCAAGACCAUCGGAACCAGCUUCGUUAACCUCGCUGCCGACUACUUCCUCAAGCUUGAGCAGGGCAAUGUUGCUGAUGGCGAGGUGUCACCCCGCAAGAUGCGCACAAAGAUUGUUGAGCUGAGCGGUAGUGUCGAGGCUGCCUGUGCUCUUGGUGUUGCUGAGGGUAUUGUCGAUCUUGUUGAAUCUGGAGAGACGAUGCGAGCUGCUGGCCUCAAGGCCAUUGACACUGUUGUCGACUCUACUGCUGUGCUCAUCAAGUCGAAAUCGCCCUCCAACCCCGAGCUUAUCGACCUCAUCACUUCGCGCAUCCGAGGUGUUAUUACCGCAAAGAGCUACGUUCUUUGCCAGUACAACGUCGAGCGAAGCCGUCUGGCCGAGGCGACUCAGAUCACUCCUGGGAAGCGCUCGGCAACAGUUACAACUCUCGACGAGGAGGGCUGGGUUGCUGUGAGCUCCAUGGUUGAAAAGAAGAAGAUCGCCCUAGUUAUGGACAACUUGACCCGAAUUGGCGCUGAAGAUAUCCUUGUGCUGGAUAUUCACAACGCACGAUAG